AUGAGGACGACCGUCUUGCUUGGUCGCCAAUGUCUUCGCCAAUAUCUUCCACGUCUUGCGUCUUCCGCUGCCAGCAGCCGGAUCAGUACCAGCACGCGACGCUGCCACUCCAACGCCUCCGCCUUCAGCCGCCUAUUCGCAACACCACGAUUCCGCGGUAAGACGAUACGAUGGUCGGGGGCGGCUACUGGUGCGGCGGCGGCGGGUGCGGUACUGAGUCCGAUGGCCUUUGUGGCCAUUGGCAAUGACCAGUCGGACAGUGGGGAAAAGACACACGAGGAGGCCAUGCUGGAGGCGUCGCGCAAAGAGCUGAAGGAACAUGUUCCCAAAGUCCUCGAGAACUCGACAAAGUACCAGCGGGGGCUGUACUUCUUCAUUGAAGACUACAUCAUUGAGCCGAUAGCGACGGGCAUCCGCUUUCUGCAUCUCAUCAUCAUUUUCGUGCCGGUCAUUGUUAGCAUCCCCGCGAUUUGGCUGGGGGCAAAGCAGCCUCAUCGCGAUAAUGAGCGCAGUGGGACCUUGUGGUGGUACGGCUUUCUGGUGCUGUCCAUGGAGAGAGCCGGUGCUGCCUUUAUCAAGCUGGGGCAAUGGGCAGCCUCACGAACUGACGUCUUCCCCACCGAAUUAUGCUCCAUCAUGUCCACUCUUCAUUCCAACGCACCCGCACAUCCACUGAGCAUAUCAAAGCAAACCAUCGAGGCUGCCUUUGACGGCCAAUCCUUUGACGACAUCUUCGAGGAGUUUGACGAUGUUCCACUCGGAGUGGGUGCCAUCGCUCAGGUCUACAAGGCGAAACUAAAACCUCAUCUGGCCACAUUGAACGACACCAUCAGUGCCGAAGAGAAGCCGAAUCUUGUCCGGAAGAUCAAAAAGAACGUCGACGUCACGCUCAAGAACACACCGUCAAGGGUCCCGUCGACGCAUGUCGCCGUCAAGGUCCUGCACCCCAAGAUUGAGAAGAUUGUCCGCAGAGAUUUGCGCAUCAUGGCUUUCUUUGCCGCCAUCAUCAAUGCUGUACCUACUAUGGAGUGGCUGUCCUUCCCCGACGAGGUCGAGCAGUUUGGUGAAAUGAUGCGACUGCAGCUAGACCUCCGUAUCGAGGCGGCAAAUCUCACCCUGUUCCGCCGAAAUUUCAAGGACCGUACUACGGCCUGGUUCCCAUUUCCUUAUACCGAAUAUACUACGCGCAAUGUAUUGAUCGAGGAGUUCGCGCAAGGCAUACCGAUGGAGGACUUCCUGCAGAACGGUGGCGGGGUCUUCCAAAAGGACAUUGCUGACGAAGGCCUUGACGCCUUUCUCACCAUGCUGCUCAUUGAUAACUUCAUCCAUGCCGAUUUGCACCCGGGAAACAUCAUGGUACGCUUCUACAAGCCAGAACAGCUGGAUGUCUCCAUCUUUACACGAAAGGAAAAUCGCACUACCGGGCCCACGGAAUCGCGAGAUGUGACCGAGGAAGUCCUCGAGCGGUUACGGCCCCACAGAAAAGAUCCCGAACGAUGGCGAGCUAAGCUACAAGAGAUUGACAAGGAAGGAUAUCGGCCUCAGCUCAUCUUCAUCGACACUGGCCUAGUCACCGAACUGAAUGCGAAGAAUCGCGCAAACUUUCUCGAUCUUUUCAAAGCUGUUGCAGAGUUUGACGGCUACAAGGCGGGCCACUUGAUGACGGAGCGCUGCAGACAACCAGAUGCCGUCCUAGACGGUGAAGUCUUUGCGCUCCGCAUGCAGCAUUUGGUGCUGGGGGUCAAGAGCCGUACUUUCGCGCUGGGCAACAUCAAGAUUGGUGAUAUUCUUAACGAAGUCUUGUCCAUGGUGAGGACGCAUCACGUUCGCCUUGAAGGCGACUUUGUGAAUGUUGUGCUUAGCAUCUUGUUGCUCGAGGGUAUAGGCCGGAGCCUGAACCCUGAUCUAGAUCUCUUUGCUGGCGCUCUUCCUAUUCUUCGACAGCUGGGUGCUCAGAGUGGGUCCUCGAUGAUCCGCGGAGGAGAUUUUUCGAUGCUGAAAGUCUGGGUCGGGCUUGAGGCACGCAGUUUCUUGCAGGCUUCAAUAGAUUCGGUGGAGCGAUGCGUCAAGUCUGACCAACUGUCGCCCAAUAUCUAG